CACACCCCUAGGCGGAGACCUAAUUGCGUCACGUCUGAUUUUGGAGUAAUACCGAAACUAAAGAUAUCUGGGGGGGAAAAAAAAUCGUGUAACCAGUAUAUGUGGCGGAAGAGCGCAAAGCUCUGAUGAAAUGGUGCAUGCCUGAUCAUUUCCUAAGAAAUCAAGACUCAAGCGAAACGGUGGAAGAUGCACUAUUACAGAUAUGAGAAAUCAGAAGUCAGCUGUUGCUACAAGUACUUAUUGUUCAGCUAUAACAUUGUCUUCUGGUUGGCUGGAGCAGCAUUUAUUGCUAUUGGCUUCUGGGCUUGGAGUGAAAAGGGAGUGCUGCUGGACCUCACCCAAGUAACACGGUCACAUGGAUUUGACCCAGUGUGGUUGGUGCUGGUAGUGGGAGGUGUCACGUUCAUCCUAGGAUUUGCUGGGUGUGUAGGGGCACUGCGUGAGAACAUCUGCCUUCUGAAGUUUUUUACCGUAGUCAUCGGUUUCAUCUUCUUACUGGAGUUGACGGCGGCUGUGCUAGCCUUCGUUUUCAAGGAUCCUUUAAAGAAAUGGAUUAAUGAUUUCUUCCUGACCAAUGUGAAGGCCUACCGGGAAGACAUUGACCUUCAGAACCUCAUCGAUUCAUUACAAAGAUUGAACCAGUGUUGUGGUGCCGUAAACCCAAAUGACUGGGAUCAGAAUAUGUACUUCAAUUGCACACCUGGCAACCUCAGCAGGGAGCGUUGCGGAGUUCCCUUCUCCUGCUGUGUCACUGGCCCGCGUCAGGACUCUGUUGUGAAUACCCAGUGUGGUUAUGACACAAGAGCACCACCGGCAAACUGGAGCAGCCAGAUUUAUACGAAGGGCUGCAUCGUAGCGCUGGAGGAGUGGCUGCCACGGAACAUUUACAUUGUGGCUGGGGUCUUCAUUGGCAUCUCCUUGCUGCAGAUGGUGGGAAUCUACUUGGCAAGAACACUAAUUGGAGACAUUGAAAAAGUUAAUUUUAAUUAUUAAGCUAUCAAGCAUUUCAGAAUGUGCCUAUAUCAAAUAUAUAGCUCAGUGUAUCUGCCUCGGUAAGAAUACCAAGAAUCUAGGAGAAAUGCAUUUAAUUUCAAUUUCAUUGUCAUUUCCUGGAAGAUUGGAAGAACAGCUCAUAUUUACUUUUACAAGUUUAAGUGAGAGGAAGAUUUUCACAGGAGUUUGUAGAGUUUCAUCCAGUUGCUAUUCUGUUACACUUUCUCUCCUCGGAAAGUCUCACUCUUAAGACAUAUCUGACACAGACUAAAAUAUCUGCCUUAGAAAUAAGUCUAAGAUUUUUAUUCAUGUUUAACUGCUUUAUUUUUGAGUAGCCAAAUGAGAAUCGGUAUAUAUACGUUUACAGUGAACAAUAAUAUUUAUGCAGUCAAAAUUAAGGUCAAAUUUAGGUUACCAAUGUUUCCCAGUGAGUUCAAUUACUGUAGCUUUUUAGAAAUCUUGACCAUUCAUUGGUUUACAAUAUGGAUUUUUUCCAGCUGGAGCUACACUGAUGUGUAGGUUCCCUUGUGUAUUUUCAGCUCCCUUGCCAUUCUCAAGAAUUCCUGUCAGGCACUUGCUUCAGUGUGCCUGACAGGUUAUAACUUGCAGAUAUAGGCCUAUCUCUUGCCAUUACUCGUAGCUUAGGAAAAGGUCUAGGAGUUGUUUGAUUGUAUACCAUCAGACAACAAUGAGUUACACCCAGUCAGUUUGUUAAAUUAAAGUGAUAUUGUUUUCUGGUGACACAUAAUAGAAGGGAUAUGUGAUAAUGCGACUUUUUAUGUAUAGUUACUGUCAUUUUAAGCUUCCUAAAUAAGAAUUGCUUGUAACUAUUUGCCGUUUCUAUGCAAUAAAAGGUUUUUGUAAUUAGUUUUAAGCUUUA